AUGUCCGACUCUAGUUCGGAUGAAGCAUUCUUCGAUGCCCAUGAGACCAGUACUCCUAAUAAAAAAACACAAUCACCGUUUUCUGAGGAUGAUUUAUCAACAUCGCUCCGAGUGCAUAAGCACUGCAUGCACCAUAAAAACCGACUUUCAUUGAAUUCAGAUUACAUCUCAAGUCCAUUGGCAACAUCCUCCAAUACGGACAAAAAGUACCACAGUCGAACAAACAGCUUCAGUUUUGAAGAGUACCAGCAUGGUACUACAACAACGAGCUCAUCCCACUUUCGGAAUCACUACUCAAACACAUCCAGCGGUUACAAAAAGCACGCACGAGUGCACAGUUGGUCAGAAUCCAGUUAUCGCAGUGGCUCUCCAUUUACAUCCUCCUCUGUGGGCAGACCAAGCCAUGAUUCCAAUAGAACAUCGCUUCUCGUAGGUAUCCACAACCAGUUUCACCCUCCUCACCAAGAAACACCACCGCAUGGAAAGUCGUAUGUCAAGAUCAAGACCAAGAUCAAAACAAACAAACGAUUUAACCGCAUUGUAUUGGCUCAAACGUUAGCUGUGGAUACUACCGAGGUGUAUGCAACAACCGGGAUCAAGAUCGAGGACACGGAUGCAGAGGAUCCAAAACAACCAAUGGGCGCUAUUUGGGCAAACAGGUUCAGUAAGGACGGUAAGUAUAUGGCGACAGGUGGACAGAGCUGUGUGAUCCAUGUGUGGAAAGUGCUGAGGGAUCUGGAGCGAAACGAUAAUAUUGAUAUACAAGAUUUGCUGCCACAUGAACCGUCCAUCAAAGUGUUUCAUGAUGCGCCCGUCAGAACGUUUAUGGGACACACGGCAGAUGUAUUGGAUUUAAGCUGGUCAAAGAACAAUUUUUUGGUCUCAAGCUCAAUGGAUAAAACGGUGAGGCUGUGGCACAUUUCUCAAAAAGUGUGUCUGUGCGUCUUUAGACAUCUAGACGUUGUUACUAGCGUCAAAUUUCAUCCCAAGGAUGAUCGUUUCUUUCUGUCAGGCUCAUUUGAUUGCAGAGUCCGGCUGUGGAGCAUUCCAGAGAAACGAGUAGCAUUUUGGAACGAGAUCCCAGCAGGCAACAUGAUCACCGCUGUUGGAUUCACGCUGGAUGGUCGAAUAGCCUGCGUAGGUGCCAACACGGGCGAUGUCUUCUUUUUCGAAACACAAGGCCUAAAAUACAACACGCAAAUUCUGGUCAAGAACCACCAUCACAAGCGCGGUAAAAAGGUGACAGGUAUAGAACCCAUGCCAGGCAUGCCUUUGGGAGAAGAGCGUAUUCUGGUCACAACCACAGAUUCCAGAGUGUGGAUCAUCAAUAUGAAGGACAAGAGUUUUGUCUACAAAUACAAGGGUGUUGUCAAUUUGGUCAUGCAGAAGGCCUCGUUCAGCGACGAUGGACGGUACAUUAUAUGCGGGUCAGAAGAUGGAUGCGUCUAUUUGUGGUGCACGGAUCAGGUCAAUUAUUCACCGUUUCAGCACUGGCAAGACAGUCGCAUCAAAGCAGCAGUUGCAUUGGGACAUUUGGGAGACCACAUGUUGCAAGCAGUGAUGCAGAACGUUAACUUUUCUGAUGAGCAAUAUGGUGGUGUGGCAGGCUGGCUAAAGCGGGGAGAACGGCGCAUGAUUGACAAGCUUAGGAGCCGAAAUGAACACUUUAUAGCACAUCAGCAUGUCGUGACAUCCGCUAUCUUUGCGCCUACGAAAACAAGACAGCUGCUCGCCAAGACUGGAGGGGACAUUAUCUUUGACAACACACCCGUAUAUACCCAUCGAGAACCCCACAGUGAUGUAGAUACAGAUGACAGCAGUGCCGCCGCAUACCACGAUGCUUUAUCAGAACGACGAAGAAGCAGAACUUCAUCGCAAUUCACCAACGACAUGAAUGCCAUCAAGCAAGAGCAAGACAUGGAUGAGUUGAGACGACUGCUGAUGAACGAAUUUGAAGAAGCAACACCGGAAGAACGAGAUAGAUACGAUUAUCCUGAUAGUCAAAUCAUCAUUUCAGCUGAUCUGCACGGCGCCAUCAAAGUGUGGCGUAUGGACUCUGGAUACUACCAAAAUGAAGCAGAUCAAGUCAUCAUAGGCGACGAUGUCAGCAUUGUCAAUGAUAGCGACACGUUUGCUACCUUGAUUCCACCUCAUAGCAGAGCUGGGAGCAUACAUAAAAGCUUGGAGAAUGAACUCGCCAGCAGGAAAAAGCCUCCUAAAAAGGGGCCCUUGGCUAGUCUUUUAGCUAGAUUUAAAUAA